AUCUUUCCCGCCUUGUCUAAGUCCUCUCAGGCCAGCCUUGGUGGGGGGCUCCUGGGAUUCGCUCCUUGCCCUUCCCACCUUAGGGUGUCCUCUGAGACAGACUCUUAUUCCCUCAAUAAGGAGACAGACUCUUACUCCCUCAGCGGCCAAACCCUCGCCUCCCCUCAGCCGUAGCCAACUCAGUGGCCACCAUCUUCACCGCGGUCACCUCAGCCUGCUCGCCACCCCAGUUGAGGUACUGAUUGGUGUCAUGUCUGCCACAGGGGACCGACACCCAACCGAAGGGGACCAGGAGGCCCCGGUAAGCCAGGAGGGAGCGCAGGCCGAGGUGGCCGGAGCUGGUAACCCGGAGGGCGGCGACUCCGGCCCCGACAGUAGAGACAUGGUGCCUGCGGCCGAGGUGGUCGGAGUCGCAGGGCCCAUGGAAGGCCUCGGGGAGGAGGAGGGUGAGCAGGCUGCAGGCCUGGCCACAGUCCCCGGGGGCGGGAGCGCCGAGGAGGACCCGGACAUGGGGCCCGCGGCGGAGGAAGAGGAGGAGGAGGAGGAGGAGGAAGAGGAAGAAGAGAGGAACGAGGGAGGCAACCUCGACCUGGGGGCGAUCACCCGUCGCUACCCUGCGGCGGGCAUUAGCUUUGUGUUCCUGCAUCUGGUCCACUCCCUUCUCCUCCGCCUCUAUCACAACGACCACAUCCUGAUAGCGAGCCGUCACCACAGCCGCCUGCUCUUGGGGCCCCGCACUGCUGCACCCAACCGCAGGGGCGAGCCCUCCCUGCUGCUGGCGCUCCAGAGGCUGGGUGCGAGGGCUGCAGCACUGGAAGGCCAGGGCCUGGGCCUAAUCCAGGAGGCCGCGUCGGUCCCAGAGCCUGCGGUGCCAGGCGACCUGGCCGAGAUGGCCAGGGAGCCCACAGAGGAGGCCACAGAGGAGAAGCCCGCAGAGGAGGCUGCAGAGGAGAAGCCUGCAGAGGAGGCCACAGAGAAACUGGCCGCAGAGAAACCUGUCGCAGAGGAGGCCACGGCCCCUGAGGGAGUCACUAAAUCUCAGCCUGAAAAGUGGGAUGAAGAGGCCCAAGAUGCUGCAGGCGAGGAAGAGAAAGAACAAGAAAAAGAGAAGGAUGCGGAAAACAAGGUGAAAAACUCCAAGGGAACCUAGAUGCAGCAGAGGGGAAGCCGAGAAAAUCCAGAUGCCUGUGGGAAUUUUAACACACAUCGUUGCAAAGUUGGAUACAUCAAAAGUGAUAUCCAGUGACAUCUAACUUUCAUGCAUGUAUUUGACAGUGUUUGUUCAAGUUAAAAAUAAAAGUUUGUUUUAAAUGAAUAAGCUGAAA